GAGGGAGCGUGUGCCAGGCGCCUGGUGUUUUUGUUUCUGGGUAAGAACUUGUACUACUAAAUCAUAAAUUUACAGCGCAUACAGUUCAAAUUAUUUGGGAACGCUACAGAACCUAGCACAUCUUUUCUGCUCAGCAUACAAUGGAGGAGGGUCAAGAUUUUUCUCUUUGUGGGAAAGCAGCUGUGACUGAAGCCAAUCUAAGAGAUGAGUACUACUGGAAGCUCGUUGCGGACUUCAUUGGUCCUCAAUCAGGAGAAGAAUUAGAGCUUCAAAAGGGCCCCUGCAAGAACAGACUUAUGAUCCAAGUAGGACUUUUGAGAGAGGACAAUAAUUUUCCGUGGAUUGCCAUUGUGGAUUGGCUCAAGAGGAUCUUCCCCGCACAUCAGUCAGCAGAUUUUCGCGGUUUGAUUGGAAGAGGCAUUGCCACAACACUGAGUCUUGGAUAUGAUGCAAGGCUGGUUUUCCUGGAAUCAGAUGUCAAUUUUAAUUUUGUUGGACCAAUAUGUGAUAGCAUUGGAGUCGAGCGGCAAGAUCUUUUGGAAAUGAGAGAUUUUUCAGAUCGGGCAAAGUCGAUCGAAGUCACAAACGGCUUGAUUCUUGAACUAAGCAAUUUUGUGAGCAGGGAGAAAAUUUCCCCAAUUGUUCUAGUAAGUUGGCUUAGAAACUUCAACUCACAGUACUGUAAGAAUGGCAAUGUUCAAAGGGCAUAUCAAGUCCUCAAAGCCAAAAUAAAAAAGUUAAAGGCGUUUUGCUGCAAUUCAGAAACAAGAAGUAACAGGAGGAAUGCAUUGGUUGAAAAUAUGCUUCAAAGUCCGUUUGAACUGGUUCAGAUAAAAGAGCCAAAGCUUAUUGUAAAGAAACGCAUGAGAAGAGAUGAGAGCAUAUAUUAUGAAAAAGUUAUAAUCAAAGAGGAAGAUGAGAUUUUUGAAAUCAUGGAAAGUGAGGAGCCUGAGAUGGACAGAGAUGAAAUAAGAGGACAAAACAAUCAUGCUGCUGUACAUAGAAAUUAUGAGGAUAUGGAUGUUUCCAACAGUGGAGAUGAAACCUCGGGUAACACAGUAGAGUCUAUGACUGUGCUUGACAUCGCAAUGCUGACUGUCCAUAAACUGUCCAGUGUGUACAGCGGGAAAACGGAAGUGUGCAAGCAGGUUUCCCUGGAUCUCCUUAAAAAUCAGUACGCUCUGACAUUCAAAGACAAUCCAGCUAUGGCAGUGUUUGAGAAGAAGCUCGAGGCUAUGCAUGAACACAUUUCCCUUGUCUCUCCUGUCAUGUUUCUAAACUACAAUGCCAAUUUCCUCGUUGAUGUUCACGAUGUAGUGGAACAGCACAUAUUUGACUUUGAAAAGGAGAUCAUUGAGUCAGCGGGAGAGAAGCUAGGCCGUGAUAAGCUCCCUAAAUUCAAGAACUUUGUCAAUUUUCCAGAAAGCGCCACCUCACGGUAUAUUCACAUGGCGUGUGAUAUCCUGAGCCCUCGUACCCCCGAGAAGAAAAACUACAGGAAGUACUGGGUGGCUUUCUGUGAGGAAAAGAAUAAUCCCUCCAGACUGGCGGUAAAUCAGUCAAACAGAUUCAACACCUACUUUGAAGCUGCUGCGGGUCUUAUCCACCACCACAAAGAGAUCGCUCUCUUCUUCUCAGAUUUGCUGUCGCUGAACAACGAUAAAUGCCCGAACAUUAUUCUGGAGAGUGUUGCCGCAGAUGCGAACGACACUGUGAUUCAGAGCCUCGUAUGUGUUCUGGCAAUUGUGUACUGCAAAAUCCUCGGUCCUUACUGGCAGCUUCUGAAGAGUGGAGGAGAGUACGCCCUCUACAGCCAGUACUUACUUUAUCUCUACCAAAAAUUUCUCGAUUGGUCCAAAGAUCCUUCAACUCUGCUGGAACCAGAGGAGGCUACAGAUGUCUUUCUGCAGUACCCACUGCAAGAGAAAACCUUUGACGGAGUGUUUCACUACUGUGGGCAGUGGCACACGAAUCGAGAUCUGAUCAGAGCUUGCUUGAAGAGGACGAUAAAGGUGAUUGCUUCAGUCACUGAAGAACACCUCAAGGAUUUUCUGCCAGGAGGAAAAUUUUCCCAAAUUCCUUCCACCAAUUUGAGCUUGCAGUUGGUCAGUUGCACAUUCUCUGUUUUGAUGGCCGAGUACCCCUUUGGCCACACAUACCCUUACAAGAGGAAAAGGCCUGAGAAGUCAACAAAGUACUCUGUAGAUAAGAACUUGUCAUCAGGCAGCUCCCAAGAAGACAAAUACCAAUCUGCUUCAUCUGAUGAGAGCUCUGACGACUCUGACUCUUCCAUUUUGGAAGUUAGAAGGACCUCAAAAGAAACCCGCAGUCCACAGAUGAAAAAAGGUUAUGCCAGCAAAAUAGAAAAGGCAAUAAAGGUGUACGAGGAGAUAGAGGAGAACAUGGACAGGGAUUACAUAAUAGCUCAAGUGAAUAGAAACGGAGGGCCAUGCAAAACUCAGCAGGAUGUCGAUAAAAUGAUGCUGCGUUUCGAUGGAAAAUCGCGAGCUGAGAAACGGGAGGGGCUGCGCUGCGAGAUCGUGUAUCAGAAAAUGAUUCUGAACAACGCAAACUCUCACCUGGAUAUGGUUUUCCACAACAGCACACAAAUGGCACUGAAGCUGAAGCUUGCACUUCCGCGCGUAAAGCCUGGCUACUCUAUCGUUUUGGCGCCUAGAAGGACCAAAAAGAAGCCGGUGCUCAAGGACACGACGGAAGCUGCGACCGGUCCGAGUCAAAGCAGCAGCGGCACAUGAGUGCUUUAACUGUAUGAUAUCUAGAGAAGAGGUCAAGAGGAUGAAAUCUUAUCAUGUGACUUCCUCAUGUGACUGCAUGGCUUCAGACUAAGCAAAAACACACUUAUCACAUAAUGAAUUAUUUUGUACAUGCCAUUAGUUGGAAAGACUGGAUAUUUUUAGUAUUAUGUUUUUUGUGAUAAUUUCGAUGAGUUUGUAACUAAUCCUCACAUAAAAUUUGAAGAAAUUGA